UUCCUGCUGCAUAUUCCUGCUGCCAUCCUUCAUCAGCCCGGCGGUGUGCAGCUUAGACCUCCCGUGGCUGCCCUCAUAGACGUCUCCCGUGGUCACUAUCGCGGGUGUCUCCUGCUGCUGAAUUCCGUUGCCAUCCUCCAUCGGCCCGGCGAUGUGCAGCUGAGACCUCCGGUGGCAUCACACGCCGCCACCUGGGACCGGAUAUAGGGGGUUGAUCGGCGCUUCAAUCCCUGCUGCCCGCAGCUGCCUCCCCUGCUGGUUGGCUUGAUCCUUAAGCACUUUAUCUUUAGGCUGGUCCGGAGCUGAUGUGUCCCAGGGAGUUCAGAAGCCAGCCCAGCAAUCGGAGAUGCAGCAGCCAGGCGUAGAUGUCAGCAAAGCAUCUGGAACAGAUGUGCGACAAGCCUCACCUGCAGACUCUCCUCGUGUACUACAGCCUUGGUUACUGGGUCUCACUGCCGUGACUGUGUUCCUCUUCAUUGUCUUCAUCUUGAUGAUUAUUAACAGAGUGUGGUGCAAAAAGGAUAAGGAAGAACAUGCUAAAGAAGAAAAUAAUAUAGAAAGAGUUAACAUGAACAUCUAUGAUAAUGAAGCACUUGAUGAAGAAGAAGUGGAUUAUAACAAAGAAGAAAAGAAGGAGAACAAGAAGGCUACGGGGCAGUGGGAAGAAAAAGAAAAUGAGGAGCAGAAAGUCACUGCCAUGUGAUAACAUUUAUAGCUCUAGUACUGUUUCUGCACUAGGCCGCCUAUAUAGGCCUAGUAGAGAUAUACAGAGAUACAAGACAUCAUCAUGCAUCAAGUAUUCGUACAGCUUUUUCUUAUAUUUUUAACAAUCUUUAUGCUAAAAGUGAUCAAAGAUUUGUAUGCUAAAUAAUAAAUCAUACACAGUUGAUUUACAUUGUAUGCGAGUUUUAAAAAAAAUAUUUGUUACAUAAUGAAACAGAGAAGCAGCAUUUAUGAUCCUGUGUAAGAAAGUCCUCCCGCUAUCAUAAGCAGAUGGUAAUGGCAUGAUAGAAAGACACAUUCCUUUGAUCAGUAUUAUUUUUACUUGGCCAGGAUCUCUAAUAAACCAAUGUGAUAAAAUGUAGAACUACACUGCAAUUGACAGGAAUGCCAGUCUGUAAUGUAGUAAGGACUGUAAAUAAAAUGAAAAAGAGUUACCAGAAAUAUUUGCCUGGGAACAGAAAAAACGCAUAGACACAAAAUAGCACAGCUGACACCCAGGCAGGCUUCUUUAGCAGACAGUUCCACUCAAACCUGACUUUACUGGAAUAACUGCACCUUUUUUUAGUAUGCGCAUGAAAUCUAUCGUACACUGAAAACUGCUGCCUUUUCACAGGCAGGCUGGCAACAUCUGUAACCUUCCAUCCGCUUGAAAAUGGUGGAAACAGUAAAAAAAAACAGUAAAGUAACUUUAAAAAAAGUCCUGCUACUAUCACUUUAUAUCUACCCCCUUUGUAUAAUACAUUUUUACAGUAUUUUUCUUCUAAAGUACAGCAUGUUUCAGGCUUAUUUAUGUCUUACAUGAGAAUGACAGUAUAUCAGAUCUACUGUAUCUUAUUUUCCUGGAUCCCUUUUGUGUGUUGAAUAUUUUAUUGCAUUGGUAUUCGGGUGUAUAUAACUGCGACUACCCACAUCAAAUGUGAAUAAUUAGUACAAA